UCAAUAUAUAUUUAUUAUUUCAUAAUAUGUUAUAAAUAUAUAAUAUAUAAAAUAAUUUAUAUAUAUAAUGUGUAUUCCGCGCUAGGCGCGGAUCUUAACCUAGUAUAUACUACUCCCUCCGUUUCAUAAUACUUGAUGUUUUGCCUUAUUGCACAAAGAUUAAGAAAGUUAGAUUUGAAAAAAAAAUACAUUUUUAAAGAUAUAGUUUUUAAAUCAUUUAACCAAUUAUAAAAAAGACUGUAAAAUCUAAUUGGUUGAACAGUUUCCAAUAAAGUUAAAAUUAACCUUUUUUUUUUUUUUUUUUUGUCAACAGUUAAAAUUAACCUUAAAACUUCAAAACUUCAUGUAAAUUGAAACAAAAUACUUCUUCUAAAACAUCAUCUAUGUUUCAAUAUUGAAACGGAGAGAGUAUAAGCUAAGCUAGUUUUUAAGGGGACUUGAAAAGUGUAUAGAUAAACGUUACGACCCACAUAUGAUUCUUGGAGAUUGCCAAAAACACAUGAUCCAAGAAACUCUUUUCCCCAUUCAGAUUUUCCUUUCCAAAUAACCUUUUUGUGUGUAUCAAAUAAAUGCAAGUCAAAGUAUACGAAUAUUUUCAUACUUAUAUUCUCUCACCUUAAUUUACAUUCAUAGAUAGUUAUGCAUACCUUACAUAACGUUUUCGUACUUUUUUUAAUAUGACCCGCACAUACACAAGUUCCAAUUCUUAACGUCUUCGACGUCGGGGCUAAUCAACGUUUAUUUAUGAGUACAACGACUUGAUAAUGAGUACAGUGACGUGUUACAUAUAGAAAACAUUUCGACCAAACUUUAUAUAAAUAUAUUCACAAUAUAUAUUAUUUUAUAAGUUUUUCUAAUAUAAAACUCAUAUACAAGAUUCCACAUAUUAUACAAAGGUUCUAUAUAGAAGGAAAAUUUGCAAAAAGAUUCACUAAUGUUUAGCCAAUUUUAUUUUUACUUAAUUUUAUUUUAAAUUUUUUAUUUUUAUGUGUUAUUUUGAAAAAAAUGUCUUUUAAUGUUAACUAACGAUAUCUUUACAUAUCUAUCAACCACAUUUAUAUACUUUUACAUACACAUAUGCACAUUGACGUAAACACAUAUAUAACUAAAUCUUCACUACAUGUGAGGAUUCUAAAUUUCUUGAAAGUUGAAAUAUUAUUUUUAAUACUUCCUUUCACCAUGACCAAAUUGUACAUAAAAAAAAAAAUUUCUUCGACUAUUAUCUAAAUUUGAUUUGAUUUUGCAAGCGUUUAGAAAUUAUAAUAUAAAAUCAUUGGUUCGAGAUUAGGACUCACUAAAAUUCAUCUAACAUGAAAUUGAACAAAUAAUAAUAGUUUUUAUUUAUCACCGAAAAAAUCAAAAAAUUCAAGCAUUUUAACCAAACAAAUCAAAAUAAAUAUGAAUUUAAAAUGGUGGUUAUAUUUUUAAGAGAUUAAAAAAAAAACUUAAAACCAAACUGAUAUCUAGAUUAAAUAGAUCUCAUGUCUUCUUAUCUUAAAAAUAAUGAAAUUAAUAAUUUCAUUCCGCGCGACGCGUGUUAUUACCUAGUAGUUUAGUAAUCGUGCAGCCUCCAUUAACUAAGCCGUACAUAUAGCUAAAUGUACACCAAAUAACCCUUCUCUGCAAGAGGCCAUAGGCUUCUUCUUACUUCGCCUCGAAACUAUCUCCAAGACAGUAAGUACCAGUUUUAUAGUUCACAUCUAAUGAUUUUAUCAUAUCAAAGAUUCAAAACCCUUAAUCCUGUCUCCCCGAAGAAGCAACAGUGAGUGCACGCUUACGAGGCAGUUGCUCCCCCACACUUCCUCCACUCUCCAACCUACACGUGUCACACCCUUUCCACAUGCACAAACUCACACACAAAUUCAUGCAUGCGUAUAUAAUACAUUCUUAUUGUUAGAGCCUUAGAGGAAAGAAGAGAGAGAUAUGGAGAGAACAGAAGCCUUGACGUCAUCGUUUAUAUGGCGGCCAAACGCAAACGCAGAGAUAACUCCGAGCUGUCCAAGAUGUGGAUCCUCCAACACGAAGUUUUGUUACUACAACAACUAUAGCCUCACUCAGCCACGCUACUUCUGCAAAGGCUGCCGCAGAUAUUGGACCAAAGGUGGCUCCCUCCGCAACGUGCCCGUAGGCGGUGGCUGCCGCAAAUCCCGCCGUCCCAAAUCCUCCUCGGGUAACACUAAAACCGGCCUAACCGCUAAUUCUUACAAUUCCGGUGGUGGCUCACCAAACAUAGAUCUUGCUCUUGUUUACGCCAAUUUCUUGAACCCAAAGCCUGACGAACACAAACGUCAAGAAAACUGCGACACAGAUUUUCUAGUCGAUGAACCUGCCGGCGCUUCGAUGGAACCCUUAUGGAGGGACAUCGGUCAUGGACAUCAUCAUCAUCACUAUGAACAUCAGGUGGAACACAUUGUGCAGGAAUGUGGUUACAAUGAGUUGCCUCCAUUUCCUGGUGAAGAGCUUCUGUCUAUUGACACUAGUGGUGUUUGGUCUGAAGCUUUAUUGAAUGGUCAUAACCAUGUAGACGUUGGUGGUGUGACUCCGGCUCAGAUUGUUCAGGAUCCGGUGGUUCAUUUUGCUGACAAAUCCAAUGACUCCACCAACCUCUUGUUUGGAAGUUGGAGCCCUUUUGAAUUCUCAGUCGAUGGAUGAUCUUUAUUUGCAUAAAAGUUUGUAUUGUACUUAUUAUACAUACAUACACAUGAAUAUAUUAUGGAUCAUUUACGAAAAUAAGAAAGUUCAUAAUUUAAGUACAAAUUUAAGGGGUAAUAUGUAUACAUAGGCUAUCCUUUUUUGUGCUGUGAUUCUCGACCUAUAUAUAUGAUGCUAUAAUUAGUCGUUAUCAAGAUUUUCCCAAGAAGCCCACGUGGGAGGUCCUAAUCUUUGGAUUCGACUGAGAUUUGCUGUUACUUCAACUUAUAAUUCACUGAAAGUGAGACGCACGUAUGUGUUAGACUUGUAGUAUCUCUGGCCUUUGUGUGUGUCCUUGUAGAUCCUUCUCUAAAAGAGAGUGUCAGAGAAAGAGCAUAUUUGUUCCUACUUUUCCUUUCACUCCUUUCUACCAUUAUUAAUCUCUUAUUUCCCAUGACUUAUAUUAUAGUUCGGCUUUAAGUCAAUGCCACCCAUUGAAAAGAUUAAUGUGUAUGAUUUAUACGAUUUUUAACCUUACAUACAUAUUCAAUGGAAUAUAUUAUUCCUAGCAUUUUUUCGAGAUAUGUGUCAUGUAUAUGUAGAUCCAACACAUUUAUAUUGAUAAUGUAAAAUGUAACACCAUAACCAACUCGUUACCCUAGUCGUGAAUCUUAUUCAACAUGUGACUUGUCACUUCUCACAAGUUAGCCCGUCUAACUCGUGGUUUAUCAAGGAUUGAUUACUCCGUCGUCUACAUGUGAGAUCUAAUCCUAUAGGGAUUGGAAAUUUUAUAGCUCUUACUACGUACCAUGCGAUAACUCAUAUGAGUACGUACGUAGGGAAAUUAAAAGAAGAAAUAAAAUUUAAAGAGAGAAAAGAAGAAGAGAAUUUAUAGAUUUGGUGAACAGAAGUAGAGGAAAUUACGCAAGUUGUGUUCAGAGGUAAAUAAGUUAACUUGGAAAGUUGUCUUCAGAGGAAAGUUGUUUAAUGUCGAGCUUCUUGCGUCACACACGUUCCCAUACAUCUCCACUUGAUCCAAGAAAAUAGUAAACUCGUAUGACUAUGAAAAAGAGUUCUACAUUUAAAUUAAUUUUUAGCUAUAAACGAUAUUAUCAAAUAUUGCCUACCAACUGACCAAGCCUGCUCAAAGUGAGAUAAGAGUUCUUGUAAUCUGUAUAUAAAUAGUAAGCAUCGAAAGGUAAUUGGAAAAGAUAUUUUAGUUAAAAUUAAAGAUGUUAGCAUCUUUUUAUCAUUUGAUUUACCAUCUUCAUAAGAAACAUUUGACUUUUCAUCUGAUAUAUGUAAUAAUCUAUUAUACAAUCUAACUAGCUACAACAUAUGAGUUCAUGGACAAUGGAUUUACUGUAAUAAAAAUUAUGCUUAACUGUUUAACAGUUUUACCUACACAUUACAUCUAUUCAUCAUACACCAGAUCUGAUUUACAAGAAUGACUCUAAGGGCAACACAUUAGUAACUCUAGUAAACUUGUAUCCAUGUAGUAAAUGUUCUAUUGAAGAAUUGAACUUUAUAGAUGGUAUAAAAUGAUUAUCGUUUCCACAAAAACAACAUAAUUAUAUAUGAAACAUAAUUUAAUAUUAUAUCAAGAAAACUAUAUAACUAGUAAUAUUCAUAUCAAACGAGAAAUAGAACUAAUCACCAUUAAAUUGUAUAACAUGUUCUCAUAUAUGUUGUAAUACUUCUGAAUUUUAUUUCUUUUGAUAAAAGAUUUUACUUCUGAAUUUUUAUAUAUGUUGUAAUAUUUCUGAGAUUUAAAGAUCAAAUUAAUAACCAGUAAUAGUAGUGCAUAAAAAGAAACUAUUGAAAAGUCUCUAAGUUGAGGCUUCGCUUUCCAUACAUAGAGCGAAGACACGUUAAAUUUGAUUUUCAAGUCCUAUUCUUAAUUAUUUUUCCGUAAAAUAGAUAGUUAAGUUUCCGUUGAAACAUUGAGAAUGAAGGGUGAGGUUACGCGUUCACACUAAAGUCGUAAUUUGGCAAGCUAGUCAUAGACUUGUAAAUAUAAAACAUAACUUCUUUAAAUUAAAACUCUAUAAAUUAAUAUACACUAAAAAUAUCUAUAAAAUAAUAUAAUUUUAUAAUCUCAAACUGAGUUUUGGUUCAAUUAGUAUAUCGAUAAAUUAAUAUCUCUAUAAAUUAAUAAAAAAAUUAUAGUUUUGGUGUAGUCCCAACAUUAUUAAUUUAUAGAGGUUUCACUAUACUAGAAUAUGACAUGCGUCUUGCGCAGGGUAGUUUAUUUGUAUAUAUUAUCGAUAAUUUUUAUAUAUAUUUGAUCAUUUUAUUUAUGCAUAUACAAUAUUUUUUGUUGUUGUUAUAUAAUUUCUUUUCGAUGGACCGGAUCAAUUUUUAUUAAAAAUUAUGAAACAAAACUAUAAUUAAUAUAUCAUGGAUUGACCAGAUUGGACAUUAAACAAAUUAUGACACAAAAACUUUACUUUUUUCCACCGAACACAUUAUUGAAAAAGUGAGCAGUAUUGUUUACACAGUUAAAUUACUUUUACAUUUAUUUUCCAUAUUGUUUUGAAAGAUUUCAGAUCAACCAUCGAACUAAUACAUGUUAUUUUAAUGUUUUUAGUCGUAUGCUUAAGGAAAACUUAUAUUUUUGUAAUUUACAUUCGUUUAAAAAAAAAAUCAGAAUAUAACAUAUACAAAAAUA